AGAGAACCCAACAUAACACAACACACACUCACAUAUGGAGAGACAGAGAGCUAGAGCUAGAGAACGCGAGAAUGCCGUGAGCAGAAAGGAAAGGAGGAGACUGCAACUAAUACUACUAUCACUAAAGUGAUGACAGUGUAUAGAUGACAUGCUUCUAUAGCCAUAUAUAUGGAUGGAUUGACCAUUGUAAACUUGUAGAAAGGGAGAGAGCUCAGAACCCAGAACAAAGAAGCAAAAGAGAAAACAAACACACAUUAGAAAAGGAAAAGCGUAGGGAAGGAGAAUAAAAAAAGGGUCACACAAAGGCGUGGCAGAAGAAGCAGACCAACAAAGGAGAAGAGAAAGGAUACAUACAGAGUCUAAGCCUUGCCUUUAUUUCUUUAUUUCUAUCUCUACAUUCCACAAGAGAGAGAGAGAGAGAGAGAGUAUAGACCACGACUCAUCAUCGCAUCUCAAGCAAGACAGCUAAAUAGGAAGAUAAGAGAUGUGUGCAAAGAAGGAAGAAGAUCAAGGUGAUUGUUCUCAGACUAUCCAGAGCAUCCAAGGCUAUCAAGAGCAAUUACUUAUCCAUCAACAGCAGCAGCUUCAUCAACAAUAUAGUGAUGGCUUUGGCGGUGGAAGUGCAGGAAGAGGUGGUGGAUUACUCUUCCCUGAACUCUCUCCAAUCAUACCGUGGUCUCUCCCUCCCGUUCAUACCUUCAAUCCGAUCCAGUUCCCAACCAACCCAGGUCGAGACCACGACCCAUUUCUCCUUCCUCCUCCGCCAUCAUACGGUGGCUUGUUCAACAGAAGAGCUUCUGCUCUACAGUUUGCUUACGAUGGCCCAUCAUCCGAUCACCUCCGGCUGAUAUCAGAUCCACAUGGUCCGGUGGUUCAACCUGGUUCUUCUCCUUUCGGGAUUCAAGCUGAGUUGAGUAAGAUGACAGCUCAGGAGAUCAUGGACGCCAAGGCCCUUGCAGCCUCUAAGAGCCACAGCGAGGCUGAGAGGAGACGAAGAGAGAGAAUCAACACCCACCUUGCUAAAUUGCGCAGUUUGCUUCCCAGCACCACCAAAACAGACAAGGCUUCGUUACUUGCAGAAGUAAUCCAACACGUGAAGGAACUGAAACGCCAGACUUCCCAGAUUGCCGAAGCGAGUCCUGUCCCCACUGAAGUUGACGAACUCACUGUCGAUGCAUCAGACGAAGAUGGCAAGUUCAUAAUUAAAGCUUCUCUAUGCUGUGAAGACAGGUCUGAUCUCUUGCCCGAACUCAUCAAGACCUUGAAAGCUCUCCGAUUACGAACACUGAAAGCCGAGAUUACCACGCUCGGUGGACGAGUCAAGAACGUAUUGUUCAUCACUGGGGAAGAAGAACCAAAGAACAACGAGCAACAACAAAACCAACAAUAUUCUAUAAGCAUGAUUCAAGAAGCAUUGAAGGCAGUAAUGGAGAGAACAGCCGGUGAUGACCCCUCUUCAGUUAAGAGACAAAGAACCAAUAUCAACAUACUUGAACACAGGUCUCUUUAAUUUCUUAUCAAAAUCAAAAUCCUUUUUUUUUCCUUAUUUUCAGCUUCUUUUCUUCUGCUUUUUUUAUUUUGUAUUUCCAUCGCACACAAGGAGUUCGGGAGAGUGAUAGAAAGAGAAACACAGGUUUCGGUUGGUGGGCCUUACUGGUUCUGCUUCUGCUAGUCUAAUUUGGUACUUUGGUUUGUCUGGUCGAGAGAGAGAGAGAGAUGGAGAGAGAAAGUGACAUGGGCUGGGAACUUGGCAUUGACAAGAAAACAGAGGGAUCUUUUUCGUGGGAAGAGAAACCUUAUAGAGAAGCCUAACUUAGGAAAUGUGAGGAUUGAUUGCUUCGAUCCGGUUUGUAUGCAAAUUUGCAGUUGGGGUUUUGUUCUGUAGUGGUUGGACUGUAGAAGUUUAUGUCUGGAUGACGAUAAAGUUCUCGUCAUGCUACGUCCACCUCCCCAAAUCCCAACCCCCAAACCAACCACGCCCAACCGUACGUACAAUGUUUGUCUUCUUUCAUGCUGUGUGUUAGUGUCACUGAGUAAAAAAAAAAAAAAACCCUAAACCCCAAGCAAAAAGGAUGCAAUUAAAGUGCAAAAACCCCGUGCAAUUCCAAGUUCGUGUUCAUUGUGUCACGACAACUCAACUCAAACUCAACUGGGGAAGUGACUGUACAUACUAUUAUUAUUUGCUUUUCUUUCUGCUCGCCUUGUAUCUUUUUUUCUGGCUGUGUGGUUCAUAUAUCUGUACUGAGGAGUGAGAACAAAUAUCAAUUUUCUGUUGUGUCGGAAUGGUUUUCUUAAUUUGUUUUCUUCA